GCGGGCUCACAAAAUGGCUGGAAAUCGAGCCUAGGGGGUGUGGGAUUAGCAAUAGUACUCCAUAGAAAAUUGGAUGGGGCUGUGACAGUGAACCUGAACCUAAAUAUAUCCGACCUAGAAAUAAAUCUCUAUGACCCCCCCGCCCCUGGGGGGGUGCUCCCCAUAUAUAAUGGCCCAUAUGGGGAGGCCCCAACCAAAAGGGCAAAAGGGCUACCUUGUUCAGGCUUUAUGAUGGGGAUUUCACAAGCUGAGUUAUAUGAACAGGCAACCUUGUUCCCAGGGUCUCUUAUCUUCCCUCCCCUCUUCUCUCACUCCAGGAGAUGGCCAGGUUUUUGUGGCCUGAUGGUGCCCAGAUUAAUGGGGUUCCCCUGUGCUUCAAAGUGUUUGGAAAGGGAUAUGCAGGUAAAACAUUCUCUCAAUAUUUGUAUCUAAAACAAAAGAAAAGAGACAAAUAAAAUCCUAAAAAUCUAUGCUACUAAAUUUAAGAUUAAUUAUGCAGAACACGGUUGUGAUUUCUUCUGCAUCGUCACGCAAUCCUUCUCCCCUUCCCCAUGACAAAUGUUGCGUGACGCAUUAUAUGAAAACAACACUUUUCCCUCUAGGGUAGAGGUGGUUGUCUUUUUCUUACCCUUGGCGGGUGAAAAUGGCGGCCCAUAGCGAACGAGAGAGUCGGGAACUUUUGACGGAUGCUCUGAUCAAUUCUCAAGUUCUUAACAGCUAUACAAUGGAUGAAUUCAAAGAACUAUUCCCUAGGAAGUAUCGUGACCUUCAAGAUGUGAAGUUGUUGUAUGAGGCUUAUCAAACAAAGCGGAAACAGAUAAAGGACAGAGUACUGAUGAAUAUAAGGUCGCAUUGCAGACAGCGAGCACAGCAGGAUUGUGAAGUGACUGACAGUAAAUAUGAAGCUGACAUUUCAGAAUUGGAAGAAAGAGAACAAAUGUUACAAGAGGAAAUCAAGACAAUGCAACAAGACAUUGACAAAGUGCAGGAAAAAAUGGGAAGUUGUGCAGACACCCUGGAGAAAAGAAAAUUAUUUUCUGGCUUGCACAAGGAAGAUUUCGACAUAAGCAAAUUUAACAAGGGCAACAGUAGAAAUUCUUUUAGAUAACAUGAAAAGCUCUAUAUCAAAAAUAUUUCCUGUAUAUUUAUUGUUUUUGUAUUAAAUAAAAAUCUUAUUUCUGGUGUAGACAAAUUCAUGAAUGACUGGGUUGAAGUGUCUCUUAAUCACCCUUUAUGUCAGAUUAACAUCACAGUUCUGUUGUUGGUUAAUUACAGUCAGUGAAACCCUGUUAAUCCAGUCAGCGACUGGCCAUAUUAAUGGGGUGGCUGUAUUGAAGUGGUUCUUCAAAUAAGAAAGUGACUGACCGAGCUUUUGUUUGGGGCAUUGUUUGUUUUUGUUUGGGCGUAAUGACGAGGUGGCUGUAUGACAGGGUGGCCGCAAGGAAGGCUUCCAUUGUACACAUUGUCAGAAAUUCACUUUGGGAGAAUUUGCAUUAAGCUUGUUUUCUUGUCAAAGUUUCUGAAAUAAUAUGCGAUCUGACAUUUUCAUAACCUGCUUUAAGUCUGAAUUGCCAUCAAUAUUCUUGAUUUUUGUUACUUUGUCUGAUGUGGUCUUUGUCACUGCCUUCACUGUUUUCCUCAAAAUUGGGGGGUAGUAGAAAGAGUGGUUACUGGUUAUUUGGAGACUUUGCAAGAAAGUAAGACUAAAAAUGUUCAGCGAGCUCAGGACUUUCUUAGCCCUGCAAAGACUUAAGAGACAUUGUUGGGAAAAAUUCUGAGAUGGUGAAGCCUGUCUGAGAAGUUUUUUGAAGAUUGAUUCACCAGCCAAAAUAGAACCUAUUACACCAAUAGCUUGUUUUGUAGCUCAUGUCAGUUGCUGCACAUAAGCACUGCUAAUGAUUCCAAACAAAAUUUUGACCGGAUAAAGACUGAGCUGUCUCGACUGGAACUAAUCAACAAAUGCAGUCAAAAUGUAGGUGUUCCUACGGUUAACAUCCCAAAACCAAGUCAUGUUAAUAAACAACCACAAUUCCCUCAGGUUUCGAUAAAUGCUACCGUAAAAGCGUUUAAAUUCACCAAAAUCUAACGCUGAGAGCACAACAGCAAAGUGUACGGUGACUGAAUGGAAAGAAGUCAAAGAAAGAUCCAGCGGAAAGACGAGCUCAAAUGGCCUGCGCACAUACCAGUACUCACAUGUUCGCCAAGUCUUAUUACAUGUCUUAGCAUUAUACGGUACCAGUUUACUGGCCGUGAUAUGCCCCUGCAAAAAUCAAGGGGGGUGGCUGAAUUUGCUAAGAUCACUGCAACCUCGAUUGAUUUUGCCUGUAUUAUGCAGGAAGCCCAACAUGUGGACACCAACACAAAAUUAGGCUGUGUUCUCCCUACGCUCCAACGCAAUUAAAAACUGGAUCAUUGGAUAAUGCGAAAUCAAGCGGGGCGGCUGAAUUUGUUAAGACCACUGCAACCUCGAUUGAUUUCGCCUGUAUUAUGCAGGAAGCCCAACAUGUGGACACCAACACAAAAUUAGGUUAUGUUCUCCCUACGCUCGAAUGCAAUUAAAAACUGGAUCAUAGGAUAAUGUUAUUCAAAAGUUUUCAUUGGCUUAACCAUCAUGGUAAGCAUAACACCACAAAUGCUAAGCAUAGGUGUAAUUGUUUGGGGGUGUAAUUUCAGUUUGCUAUAUUUUGGGGGCGUUUUUAACUCACUUGAGUACUUAUCUACUAUAUGAAAGGUAAAAGAAUCUUUAUUUAAUUCUGUUUUACAAAUGUUUAAUUUACUAUCUGCUGUUUCUGCACGAAUGUUCCAGACUUACAUUCACCAUUGUUUGAUAUAUAUUUUAAUCUUUUUCAUAUUCACAUACGUGUACAUAUAGCUUAUCCAUAACUCUGUGAAUAUUUAAUACAGUUAAAAUAAUUUGCCCUGGUUAGCAUCUCUAUCAGAACCUGUGAAUCCAAUGUCAUUUUCUAAGUUGCUCUUAUUUGAGGAAACCUCACAUACAAAGUGGAGAGGGAUUUACACAGAUAACAAAAAUAGUUCACAAACUAAGAUAAGAUAAAGAUAAGAACUUUAUUAACGUGUCGAAGUCACUAGCAUACAAUGUAUACUAAUUCGGGACACCUAACUACGA